AUGUCGAAGUCUCCUCACCCCUCUUCCCCACCGAGACCCAUUCCCUCCUCCAUCCUGAUAAUAGGAUCCGGAGCCUUUGGCCUCUCUACUGCGUACGCCCUCGCCAGGCACCCAGAUUUCAAGAAAACUGCAAUCACACUCGUUGACCGGCACCCGUUUCCCGCCCCAGACGGAUCCAGCAUCGACUCCUCGCGCAUCAUCCGCGCCGACUACGCCGACCCCGCCUACGCAGCCCUCGCGGCAGAAGCACAGGAGCACUGGCGCGGCGAAUGGGGCGCAGACGGCCGCUACCACGAAGUCGGGCUGUGCCUGACCGCCGAGCCGGGGAAGGAGGACUACGUCGUCAAGAGCCUUGAGAAUGUCCGCGCGCUCGAAGGACUGAGGAGAGAAGCUGCCUCAGCAGAAGGGGGCGGAGAAGGCAGAAGUAGAGGAGAGGGCACCAACAUCCAGCCUCUCCGCUCACCAGCCGAUAUUCAAGCAGCCUUGCACACAGGCGGCACCAUCGGCAGCUCCGGCUACCUCAACCUCUCCUCCGGCUGGGCCGACGCCGAGGCCUCGAUGCGCUACCUCCGCGCCCUCGUCGCAGCCACCAAGCGCGUCGCUUUCCUCACCGACACCGUUGCCCGCCUCCUCUUCUCGUCCUCGCCCUCUGCACCCACCAAAGUCACAGGCGCCCGUCUGGCCUCCGGGACAAGCCUCACAGCCGACCUGACCAUCCUCGCCGCCGGCGCCUGGAGCCCCACCCUCCUCGACCUACGCGGCAUCGCGGCCGCACGGGGGCAAUGCAUCGGCUACAUGCGCGUCUCAGCCGACGAGGCAGCGCGGUUCGCCCAGGCGCCCGUGGUGCUGGAUCUCAGCUCGGGGAUGUACGUGUUUCCGCCGUCGGCGGACGGGAUGGUCAAGGUUGCGUGGCAUUCGUUUGGGUGGGCGAAUCCCGUCCGCAUCGCGCACCCGGAGAGGGGCGGCGUUGCUGGCGCCUCUGGCCAUGCGGCGGGGACAGGGGAGGGGGAGGGGGAAAGGGAGGGGGAAGAGCCGAUCAUCACGGUCUCCGUCCCGCGCACCUCCCACCAGCGCCCCGCGCAGCAACCGAUUCCAAGGGAAGGCCAGCAGGCCCUGCACGCCUUCCUCGCAUCCACGCACCCCUCGCUUGCCGCCCGCCCCUUCGCCCGCACCCGCCUGUGCUGGUACACCGACACGCCGCGCGGCGACUUCCUGAUCACAUAUCAUCCGCGCUAUGACGGGCUGUUCGUCGCGACGGGCGGGAGCGGGCACGGCUUCAAAUUCGCGCCUGUGAUUGGGGAUAAGAUUGUUGACAUCUUGCUCGACAAGAGCGAGGUGAUGGAGGAGGGAGGGUGGGGUAGACGGUGGGGAUGGCCGACGGAGAGGCUUGCGGAGGGCGGCUGGACGCUUGAUGGGAGCCGGGGCGGGGGGAAGGGGAUGGUUUUGGAGAGCGAGGAGGGAGGGAGAAGAGCGGAGAAAUUGUGA